CGCCAACUCGCCAACAUCAUCGAUCACGUGACCAUUUCGCUGGGCUACGUGUACAACGUGUAAGCCAAAUUCGACCGAAAGAAGUACCGUAAUCGUAAUUUUCUUUUUAAAACCAUCACUGAAGGAGACGUGACUACUCAGAAGGGGGGCGUUUAAUGAAUAAACUGUGAUUUAUUAGUGAAAUAGUUAUUAAAAUCCCUGCAAAAUGGGAAUUAAAUUUUUGGAAGUUAUUAAGCCCUUCUGCAGUAUACUGCCAGAAAUAGCGAAGCCCGAAAGAAAAAUCCAAUUUAGGGAGAAAGUUUUAUGGACAGCAAUAACGUUAUUUAUCUUCUUAGUAUGUUGUCAGAUACCCCUUUUUGGAAUCAUGAGCUCAGACUCGGCGGAUCCUUUCUACUGGAUUCGUGUCAUUCUGGCUUCAAACAGAGGUACCCUUAUGGAAUUGGGUAUUUCACCAAUUGUGACGUCUGGUUUGAUCAUGCAGCUUCUGGCUGGAGCGAAGAUCAUUGAAGUUGGUGAUACUCCUAAAGACAGAGCCUUAUUUAAUGGUGCUCAAAAAUUGUUUGGCAUGGUAAUCACAGUUGGUCAAGCCAUCGUAUACGUAAUGACAGGCAUGUACGGAGAUCCUGCCGAAAUUGGAGCCGGAGUAUGCCUUCUCAUCAUCAUCCAACUCUUCGUAGCGGGUCUUAUUGUACUUUUGCUCGACGAACUCCUCCAAAAGGGUUAUGGUCUUGGUUCAGGUAUUUCACUCUUCAUCGCUACGAACAUUUGCGAAACCAUCAUCUGGAAAGCCUUCUCGCCGGCUACGGUCAACACCGGAAGAGGAACUGAAUUCGAAGGAGCCGUCAUCGCGUUAUUCCACUUACUCACUACUAGACAAGACAAAAUCAGAGGAUUACGUGAAGCUUUCUACAGACAAAAUCUACCUAAUCUUAUGAACCUCUUAUCCACUGUUCUCGUUUUUGCUAUAGUGAUAUACUUCCAAGGAUUUAGAGUGGAUUUACCAAUCAAGAGUGCAAGAUAUCGUGGACAGCAUUCCAGUUAUCCAAUUAAACUUUUUUACACCUCAAACAUUCCUAUUAUCCUGCAGUCGGCUUUAGUGUCGAAUUUGUACGUUAUAUCUCAGAUGUUGGCAGUGAAAUUCCAUGGGAACUUUUUGAUUAAUCUGUUAGGAGUUUGGGCUGAUGUAGGUGGCGGCGGUCCAGCUAGAUCCUACCCCAUUGGCGGGUUGUGUUACUAUUUAUCUCCACCAGAAAGUGUUAGUCACAUUCUCGAAGAUCCCGUUCACGCAUGCCUUUAUAUCGUUUUCAUGUUGGGAUCAUGUGCUUUCUUCUCGAAGACGUGGAUUGAAGUAUCUGGAAGUUCCGCUAAAGACGUAGCUAAGCAACUUAAGGAACAACAGAUGGUGAUGAGAGGUCACAGGGAUAACUCGAUGAUUCACGAGUUGAAUCGUUACAUUCCCACUGCCGCCGCGUUUGGUGGAUUGUGUAUUGGAGCUCUUUCGGUGCUCGCUGAUUUCCUUGGAGCCAUCGGAAGUGGUACUGGUAUUUUAUUGGCAGUAACGAUCAUCUACCAAUACUUCGAGAUAUUCGUUAAAGAACAAAGCGAGAUGGGAGGCAUGGGCGCCUUACUCUUUUAGAUAAUUUAAAAGUUCAGAUAUCACUGAGCAUUUUGCUUUGAUUGAUGUGUGAUUUUUGUUUGGUAAAUAAUAACUAUCCUUGUUGUUGUUUUCUGUUUUUUUUUAUUCAGUAUGUACCUCAAUGUUUAUAUUCCAUGUAUAGUUAUUAUUUAUUCCUAACAAUUUAUGUCACUUUGUAUAAAGUGUGAAACAUUUUUUGUACUAAAAGAAAGAAAAAAUAGAUAAAUAUAUUUAAUUACAUGAAUUUUGUGUUUAAGAAAGGCGAGAUAUUUAUAUUUGUGUGGAUGUUUCAUACCACUUAAUUACAUUAAUUAACAAAUUACAUUUCAUUUUUCAUGCAGUAAGGUUGUGUAAUGGUCAUAUAUUAUUUGUUAUUAGAUUUAAUUUAUUUUAAAUAUAGAAAUUUGUCAUAGAUA